ACUUCUCAACGAUCAGAAGAAUCUUUGCAGGACAAAAAAGAAGACAUCGUGGAGGUUAACGCAACUGACCUCCGACCUUUACGCCUCCAACUUGAUACUGGCAAGGGAUAUACCAAAUUUCGUCAAAAAUGGUGGCAGUUGUGGUUACCUAAGGACCCGCCAUGUCCAGCUCCCCUGUCUCUGGAGGAUGCAGCGCUAACGCCUUUGGCCAACGCUUCCAUCUUUUCUCAGCUCACGUACUCCUGGGUAACGGGUAUAAUGGUUCUCGGAUAUCAACGUACAUUACAAGCGUCUGAUUUAUACAAACUAGACACAUCCAGAGAGUCAGCCGUCCUUGCUGCCAAACUUGAAGCUGCAUGGCAGCGGCGUAUUAGGGCAGCAGCCGACUGGAAUGCACGUCUUGAGAGUGGAGAACUCAGACCAUCUCUCUUCAAGCGUACGGGCUGGGCCUUCAGUGCAAUUUCCAGGAAACAAGGCACGAAUUGGUCUGAGCGACGUGCAGCGUUUCAGCAACAUUGGCGAGAAUCCGCUGGGAGGAAAGAGGCCAGUCUUACUUGGGCCUUGAAUGAUGUCUUUCUUAGUAUGUUCUGGAUAGGAGGUGCAUUCAAGGCAUGGGUCUUUGGCGAUACGAUACAGCUCAUGGGUCCUGUCGUCCUUCGGCAAAUCAUCGUUUUUGCGGAGGAGCGUUCUGCUGCAACUACUGCCGGAGAACCUGUACCUAAUAUUGGUCGUGGUAUUGCCAUGGCUAUUGGGCUCUUUGCGCUUACCUUGACGGCCAGCAUUUGCAACCACCAGUUCUAUUGGCGUUCAAUGUCGACAGGCGUACUGGCUAGGGCCGCACUGAUAACAUGCAUUUAUGAGCGUGGAGUAAACCUCACGGGCAAAGCACGUGUCAAACUCAGCAACGCCGCGUUGGUCAAUCAUAUUUCGACAGACGUGAGCAGGAUUGAUGCAGCUGCUCAAUGGUUGAUAACUUACUGUUGUCAAGCCUGGACCGCGCCUAUUCAAAUCAUAGUUUGUUUGAGCAUUCUCUUGAUCCAGCUUGGGCCAUCUGCUCUUGCUGGUUUCUCGCUAUUCGCCCUCAUGAUUCCACUCCAACAGCAGUCAAUGGCACUGCAGCACCGUAUUCGCUUAGAGUCCAUGAAAUGGACUGAUCAGCGAGCCAAGGUCUUGCUAGAGGUACUUGGGGCCAUACGCGUUGUCAAAUAUUUCUCAUACGAGAUCCCAUUCCUUCAAAAAAUAUUUGAGCUUCGAAAGAAGGAACUGCGUGGUGUUCGAUGGAUUCUUCACGCGAAUUCGGCGAACUUGGCACUCGCUUGUUCGGUCCCAGUCCUCGCCGCUACACUAGCUUUCGUCACGUACACCCUUACGGCACACAACUUCAACGUUGCCAUCAUAUUCAGUUCGUUGAGUUUGUUCCAGCUUCUCAGGCAACCGAUGCUCUUCAUGCCUCGCGCUCUAUCGGCUAUCCCUGAUGCAUCUAGCGCGAUUCAGCGGCUUACGCACGUGUUCCACGCAGAGCUUAUUUCUGGAGAUACACUUAUGAUCGACAAGGGCCAAGAACCUGCGCUUCUGGUGAAGGAUGCGACGUUUGAGUGGGAGUCGUUCGCGAAAGAUUCUGGUCAUGCUUUGAGCUUGAAGACUGGCGCACCCGGCGACGGCAGUUCACCAAAGGGCAAGGACAGGAGCGUGACGGAGGACAUGAAGAUGGAAAAGCCCGCUCCUGGAAAUGAAGCCCCUCUCUUUAAGGUAAAGAAUGUGACCAUGACCAUCCAACGAGGCCAGCUCAUCGCUAUAGUCGGGCCUGUCGGAAGCGGCAAGUCUAGUUUAUUGCAAGGUCUAAUAGGAGAUAUGAGGAAGGUCUCUGGGCAUGUCUCGUUUGGCGGACGCAUUGGUUAUUGCCCGCAGACCGCAUGGAUCCAGAAUACUACGUUGCGUGAUAAUAUCACUUUUGGCCAAAGUUUCGAGGAAGACAGAUACUGGCGCGUUGUUGAGAUCGCUUGUCUACUUCCUGAUCUCCAACUGCUCCCAGAUGGGGAUUUGACUGAGAUUGGAGAAAAGGGAAUCAAUCUCAGCGGUGGCCAAAAGCAGCGGGUCAACCUUGCUCGUGCUCUGUACUUUGCCCCUGAAGUUGCCAUCCUUGAUGACCCGCUCUCGGCAGUGGAUGCUCACGUCGGAAAAUCGUUAUUCCAAGAUGCCAUCGUGGGUGCCCUGCGAAAUCGUGGCAUUACCGUCAUUCUAGUCACUCAUGCGAUCCACUUCCUCUCCCAAGUAGAUUAUAUCUAUACUCUGAACAAUGGCAUCAUUACAGAGAGCGGGACUUACGAGGAAUUAAUCUCCCGCGGUGGAGACUUUGCGCGUCUGAACCUGGAGUUCGGUGGUCAUGUGUCGGAGGAGAAUGAUGAUGGCCAGGCAGAGGAAGUCAUUCCGCAAACAGGCAUUACCGUCGAGGAUGUGAAGUUGAAGUCAGAACAAGCCAGAAAAGAGGCUACUGGCAAUGGCAAACUUGAAGGUCGCUUGAUCUCCAAAGAGAGGCGGUCGACGGGCUCUGUGAUCUGGGGAGUAUACUGGACCUAUUUGGUUGCGGGACGCGCUUCAAUAACAGGUCCUCUACUUCUUCUCUUCGUCCUUGCGAUGCAAGGAAGCCUCAUCUUGAAUUCGUACGUGCUAGUUUGGUGGGAGAGCGAUAAAUUCGAACGACCAAACUCGUUCUAUCAGACGCUGUAUGGCUGUCUAGGGGUUGCUCAAGCAAUCUUCACAUUCUUCCCUUGUAUUGGAAUGGAUAUCAUUUCUUCCUAUGUAUCUCAAAACCUGCACCACAGGUCCGUACGUAAUGUAUUUCAUGCACCAAUGUCCUUCUUCGAGACUACACCUGUGGGCCGAAUCUUGAGCAUUUUUGGCAAAGAUAUCGAUAGUCAGCAUCUCACUGAUUAUCCAGUUGUCUAUACGCUGUCCACCCUUAUGAGCUCUAUCGCCAUCAUUUCUAUCCUUGAACCAUACUUUGUUAUUGUUGUGUUCUUCAUCGCUCUUGGUUAUAGCUACUUCGCUGCGUUCUAUCGAGCCAGUGCUCGUGAGGUUAAACGCCUGGACUCUAUGCUUCGCUCUCUUCUGUAUGCCCACUUUUCGGAGACUUUAACAGGACUUCCUACCAUCCGAAGCUACGGAGAAAUGAAGCGGUUCAUUGCCGCCAAUAGAUACUACGUUGAUCUGGAGGACAGAGCUCUAUACCUCGUUAUUACGAACCAGAGAUGGCUUGCAAUAAGGCUGGACGUUAUGGGAAGCACAUUAAUCUUCCUUGUUGCUCUUCUAGCGGUGAUGGACGUCUCCGGGAUAAACGCAGCCCAGAUAGGGUUGGUACUGACGUAUACCACCAUCCUGUCACAAACAUGUAGCCAGUUAACCAGACAAACAGCAGACGUUGAGAAUUACAUGAAUGCAGUGGAACGAUUGGUACAGUACGUCGCAAGCGACACGAUGCCUCAAGAGGCUCCCCAUGAGAUUGAAGAACGAAAGCCCUCAGCGCAAUGGCCCGAACAUGGCGCGGUCGAAUUCAACGACGUUAAAAUGGCAUAUCGGCCAGGCCUUCCCAAUGUAUUGAAGGGAAUCUCAGUCAAGGUCAGGGGAGGCGAAAAGAUAGGCGUUGUGGGACGGACUGGUGCUGGCAAAUCUUCGUUGAUGCUCGCACUGUUUCGAAUUGUUGAGUUGUCUGGCGGUUCAAUCACCAUUGAUGGUGUCGAUAUAUCUACAAUUGGUCUUAAAGAUCUCCGCUCCAAGAUUUCCAUUAUCCCACAAGAUCCUCUUCUAUUUAGCGGGACCAUACGCUCGAACCUGGAUCCACUUUCCCAUCACAGUGACGUGGAGCUGUGGGAUGUGCUGCAACGGUCUUGUCUGUUUGAUUCUAGCAUCGUUUCGAAACAGUCAUGCUCCAUUGAUGGCGUCGGACGCCACAGCCUUGACAGCACGAUCGAAAGCGAGGGAGCGAACCUCAGUGUUGGGGAGAGAUCUCUACUCAGUCUAGCUCGUGCUCUAGUGAAAGACUGCAAAGUUGUUGUGCUUGAUGAGGCCACAGCCUCUGUCGAUCUCGAUACUGAUAACAAGAUUCAACACACAAUCCAAACGGAAUUUCAGGAUCGCACACUACUUUGUAUUGCUCACCGACUUCGAACUAUCAUUUCGUACGACCGGAUUCUGGUCCUUGAUGCUGGCCUUGUUGCAGAAUUUGACACACCAUCCAAUCUUUUCAAAAUGGAGGGUGGAAUUUUCCGCAGAAUGUGUGAGAGGAGCAAUAUCUCAUUGAAAGAUAUAGAGACAAGUAGAGGGAUUUGAACAAUGACGGAGUUUCAUGCUGAUUUUUUUUCAUGUUGGUAAGGCCCCAUACUGUUGUGUGUUCCGCAGAUAAUACAUAUAAACUUUACUAUGCUUCUCUCGUUGC